GCCCCGCCGGGCCCGGGCGCGGCCGCAGCCCCGGAGCCGCCGCGGAGCCCCCGGGAACGGCUGGGAACGGCCGGGAACCCUCCGGGAACCCCCCGGGAAACCCUCGGGAAACCCCCGGAGCCCCCCGGGAACCGCCGGGAACCCCCCGGGAACCCCCCGGGAACCGCCGGGAGCCCCCCGGGACGGCCGGGCCGAGGGGAUGCGGCGCCGCGGGGCCGGGUGAAGCUGUCGCGGGCAUGGCGGGCGCCUCGGUGAAGGUGGCGGUCAGGGUCCGGCCCUUCAGCGCCAGGGAGAGCAGCCGCCAGGCCAAGUGUGUCAUCCAGAUGCAGGGGAACACCACCUGCAUCACCAACCCCAAGCUCCCCAAGGACGGCACCAAACACUUCACCUUCGACUACUCCUACUGGUCCCACACCUCGGAGGAGGACCCCAACUUCGCCUCGCAGCGCCGGGUGUACCAGGACAUCGGGGAGGAGAUGCUGGCGCACGCCUUCGAGGGCUACAACGUCUGCAUCCUGGCCUACGGCCAGACCGGCGCCGGCAAGUCCUACACCAUGAUGGGGCGGCAGGAGCCGGGGCAGCGCGGGAUUAUCCCGCAGCUCUGCGAGGAUCUGUUCGCCCGCAUCGCUCGGGAAGGGUCGCCUGAGCUUUCGUUUUCUGUGGAGGUGAGCUACCUGGAGAUCUACUGCGAGCGGGUGCGGGACCUGCUGAACCCCAAGAGCCGCGGGGGGCUGCGGGUGCGGGAGCACCCCCUGCUCGGGCCCUACGUGCAGGACCUGUCGCGCCUCGCCGUCGCCUCCUUCGCCGACAUCGCCGACCUGAUGGACAGCGGCAACAAGGCCAGGACAGUGGCAGCCACCAACAUGAACGAGACCAGCAGCCGCUCGCACGCCGUGUUCACCAUCGUGUUCAGCCAGCGCCGCCAGGACCCGCUCAGCGACCUCGCCUCGGAAAAGGUGAGCCGCAUCAGCCUGGUGGACCUGGCGGGCAGCGAGCGCGCCGACGCCUCGGGGGCCAAGGGCAUCCGCCUCAAGGAAGGCGCCAACAUCAACAAGUCCCUGACCACCCUGGGCAAGGUCAUCUCUGCCCUGGCCGAGGCGACCAGCAAGAAGAAGAAGCCGGAUUUCAUCCCGUACCGGGACUCGGUGCUGACGUGGCUGCUGAAGGAGAACCUGGGAGGGAACUCGCGCACGGCCAUGAUCGCGGCGCUGAGCCCGGCCGACAGCAGCUACGAGGAGACGCUGAGCACGCUGCGCUACGCUGACCGCACGAAGCAGAUCCGGUGCCACGCGGUGAUCAACGAGGACCCGAACGCGCGGCUGAUCCGCGAGCUGCGCCAGGAGGUGACGCGGCUGCGGGAGCUGCUGAGUGCCCAGGGUCUCACUGACACCACCCCCUCUGGCCCCCCUGCCACCACGUCCCCCACCCUCAAUGGGGACACGGGGCUGGAGCCCCCCCUGGGCCCCACGGAGGCCAUGGAGCGGCUGCAGGAGACUGAGAAAAUCAUCGCAGAGCUCAACGAGACCUGGGAGGAGAAGCUGAGACGCACGGAGGCCCUGAGGCUGGAGCGGGAGGCGCUGCUGGCUGAGAUGGGGGUGGCUCUGCGGGAGGACGGCGGCACCGUCGGGGUGUUCUCCCCCAAAAAGACCCCACACCUGGUGAACCUCAACGAGGACCCCCUGAUGUCCGAGUGCCUCCUGUACCACAUCAAGGACGGCGUGACCAGGUGGGGUGGGGCCGGGGUGGACGUGGACAUCAAGCUCUCGGGGCCGUUCAUCCGCGAGCAGCACUGCCUCUUCCGCAGCCGCCCCGACCCCUCGGGGGAAGUUGUGGUGACGCUGGAGCCGUGUGAGGGGGCUGAGACCUACGUCAACGGGAAGCAGGUGACGGAGCCGGUGGUGCUCAAGUCGGGCCACCGCCUCAUUUUGGGGAAGAACCACGUGUUCCGCUUCACGCACCCGGAGCAGGCGCGGCGGGAGCGGGAGCGGGGGGCGUCCCCCGGGCCCCCCCCGGACUGGAACCUGGCGCAGAGGGAGCUGCUGGAGCAGCAGGGCAUCGACAUGCGCCUCCAGAGGCUGCAGGAGCUGGAGAACCAGCCCCAGGUGGAGAAGGAGGUGUCGGAGCAGCCGCAGCCCCCCGGCUCUGAGGACCCCCCGUGCUACGAGGCCGGCUGGCGGCUGAUCUCGGCGCUGCGCCAGGCGCUGCCGGCUCCCGCCGUGCGCUCGGUGCUGCGCCGGGCCGGGCUCCCGGUACCGGGCAAGCGCCGGGAGCCGCUGCGCGUCUACCAGAUCCCGCAGCGCCGCCGGGGAUCCCCGACCCCGCCGCCACCGCCACCACCAUCAUCAUCCUCCUCGUCAGCGCCGCGGGUGAGCCUGGCGGAGCUGAAGGCGCAGGCGGUGCGGGAGCUGAGCCCGGAGCCGGCGCGGCGGGAGCUGGAGGCGCUGAGCCUGGCGCGGCUGCGGAGCUCUGCCGCCGCCAGCCCGCCGAGCCCGACGGAUGGCGCGCCGUGGGCGGCGGCGAGGAGGAGGAGGGGGGUGCCGGCGAGCAGGCUGGCGGGGAUCCUGCGCGAGGUGAAGCGGCAGAACAGCGCCAAGGACGAGCAGAUCCGCGCCCUGCGCGACCGCGUGGGGCAGAUGGAGCGCGUGAUCCCGCUGCCGCCGGUGAGCCCGGGCCCCGGGAGCCCCGGAGAGACCGCGGGGAGAGACCCCGGGAGGGGGGUCUGCCUGCCCAUGGCCCCCCAAACAGCCCCAGAGAGCCCCAAAGAGCCCAGAGAGCCCCAAAGAGCCCCAGAGAGCCCCAAAGAGCCCCAGAGAGCCCCAAAGAGCCCCAAAGUGCCCCAGAGAGCCGGGACGACGCUGACGAGGCUGAGCCGCCCCCCCAGGACCCCUCCCAGGAGCCGCCCCCGGGCCGCCCCCAGCCCCGCGCGGACCCCCCCUCGCCCCCCGUCGGCGGCGGCGGCGCGGCUCUGCCGGCUGAUGGAGCAGGACCCGGCCUUCCGGCGGGGGCGGCUGCGCUGGCUGCGCCAGGAGCAGGCCCGCCUGAUGGCGGGGGGGGGUCCGCAGCCCCUGCAGCCCCCCCGCCGCCCCCCGCGCUUCCACCCGGCCCCCCAGCAGGACUCCAAGCUGCGCUUCCCCUUCAAGAGCAACCCCCAGCACCGCCUGGCUUGGGCGGGCGGCGGCGGGGACGCCCCCCAAGCCGACAGCAGCCCCCCCGCGCCGCAGCCCCCUCCCCACUCGGGGCGUCCCCGCCGGGGGUCUCUGGAUGGGGGGUCCCCACCCCCGCCCCGGGUCCGCCGCCAGCGCUCGGCUCCCGACCUGAAGGCGCGGGGCCCCGUCCCGUAGGGGGUGCGGGAUUUUGGGGACGCCCCCUCCCCAAAUGGACAAUCACGGCCUCCCCCCCUCCCCACAAUCGGGGGUCUCCCCGCCGGGGAAGCCCCCAGCUGCUGUCACACUGUCCCCCCCGCCCCCGCGUGUGUGUGUGUGUGUCUGGGGAGGGGUCCUCGGUCAGGAGGGCCCCCCCUCUUACAGGGGAGUCCCUAAUUAAUGGCGAUCCCGCUAAUUAAACAGAAGCGCCUCAA